AUGAAAUUUCCUAGUUUUCUUCGAAUUGCUAUUGUCCCUAAGUUAGGAACAUUUGAAGUUAAUAUCUCUUCUAAAGGUGAUGUCAAGAUAACUGGUGGUGUGGAAGGAAAAUUUGUGGAACUUCUGUCUGCAGGUCUACAGUUUCGGUACAAACUUCUCAUUCCGACCGAUAAAGAAUGGGGUCGCUUGAAAGAAGACGGUUCCUGGACCGGGGCUGUUGGAAUGGUGCAUCGGGGUGAAGCUGAUCUUGCAGUUAGCAAAAUUUCAAUCACAGAACAGAAGUCUACUGUUGUGGGGUUCAGUUAUCCAUACAGUAUCGAAACUCUCACUUUUGCUACAGGUGCUCCAGGAGUUAUCCCAAAAACGUCUGCGAUUUUUUACCCAUUUUCGUUUCAAACGUGGAUUUGUCUGGCACUCCUUCUUAUUGCAAUACCCAUGUUAUUCUGCAAAUUUAUGAAGAAAAAAUAUUCCAUUGUUUCACUUGCAUUUAGAGUAUACGGAACUCUGUUGCAUCAGGAACUACUUCUCAAGGUCAAAGCAGUGAGUGAUAAAUUAUUAUUGGGCUCAUGGCUGUGGGGAGCCAUGAUCUUAUCUCUCUGUUAUACUACUCUUCUAUUAUCAUUUUUAACUGUACCCGUUAAAGAAAAAGGUGUGCAAACCAUAGACGAAUUGGCAGCAGCUGCUUCUCGUGGUCUUUAUAAAUGUAUGACAUACCAAGGAUCAUCAACUAUAUGGAUACUUCAGAAUAGCAAAACAGAUUCAGUCCGAUCAAUCGGAGAAUCCAUUCUGAAAAAUAACGGCUUAAUUAAACUUAAUAGUAAUCUCCUACCUUCUCAGAUUUUGACGAGUAAACGCGUCGCUCUGAUAGGUCCAGAAAAUGAUUUCAGAAUUGUUUCGGAAGAUCAAAUUUUCAUUUCUAAAGAUUCAUUCGCUCUGAUGUUUUGGUCCAUUGUUAUACCCAAAAAUUUCUGCUGUAAACGCAAGCUGGAUAGUUUUGUUCAUAAAGUUUAUGCUGCAAGUCUUUAUGAUAAAAUUUUAAACGAUAAUUUAUUUCGUGCCAGAUUAAAAUAUGCUAGAAAUAAACCCUCAGAACAACGUUUGCAGCUGUCUCUAGACGACAUAUCUGGAGCAUUUAUCUUUCUAAUUUCUGGCUAUUUAUUAGCUUCCUUUGCAUUGAUUUUCGAAUUUUGCUACAAAAAAACAUUCGUAGUAAAGAAACAAUUAAAAUGUGCUUAA